UAGGUACCUACCUAUUGUUAAGGUAUGAAGUUUCCAUGAACUCUAAUUACAAAUUUUGAGGUUGGUAUACCUUGGGAAAAUUUUAAAAUUCAAUAAAUAGAUUUGCAAUUAAAUUCAAAUCAAAUCUGAUAAUUAAUGUCCAACAAAUCAAUAACUUACCGAUUUUACAAAUUCAUAAUUCACCUUAUUUAUUUAGGGGCAUAAUUAGAACAAAAAAAUAAAAAAUAAAAUGUAAACAUCAAUAAAUCAAAAAAGGCAUUUUAUCUUAUGUGGCACAAAAGUCAACGGACUUGCAUCAACAACAACAUCUACGGGGAUUGCACCCAAUAUCACUCAUAACAAUUGGACUUAAGCCAAAUUUUCUCCAAGCUCAAUCACUCUCUCUCUCUCUCUCUCUCUCUCUCUCUCUCUCUCUUGUAUAUCUUGUUUUUUCACAUUUCAAUCUCUAGCUUCAACUGGUCCAAAGAUUUAAACUUUCCAGCAGCCAAACAUGGUGCACGAGGAAAAUUACUAAAAUGGCGUGGAAGGUUUGCUAGAAACAAGUUUCGGAUGUCGAUGGGUCUGCUGGUGGCUGCCACAGUGAACAACGGUGCCAAGAAUCUUUACAUAAUUUAUGUAAAGGGAAUCAAGGGUCGGCUUUGUUGGUAAAUUUUUGUGUUUACAAAAUCUGUGGGUUAUGGCUUAAUGGAAGUGUUUAAGAUGCAAGGACAAUGAGAAGAUGAAAUAUGCUUCAAAGUGCGUAUGAACACACUAUCUUUCAAACAUUAUUUGUCCCCACAACUUGUGUGCCUAGUUAAGCAAAUAAGCCUUGUGGAUAUAAUGAAGCCUAUAGCCUAAUAACUAUAUGUUGUCAAUCUCUUGCACAACCAAAGAUAAUCCCAAACACAAUUUAGAAUUAUAACACGGGUACUCAAGAUUCCUAGAGGCUAAAUCUGCAUAAAAUAACAUAUAGAGGUUUUUACUUUUGUGAAACUAGAAGGAGAAGAGUUGGGAUUGAACUUAGAGAUAUCUUGGAUCUCUCUUGGAUUAUUUUUCAUAUAUUUGUUGCAGUAUAAUCAUCUCUAUUUAUAGAGGAAUUGAUUUAUUUUCAGAAACUAUAUAUCUUUUGGAUUGUACCUCUUUAUCAAGAGGUACCACUUCAAUGAGGACACUUUUCUUUACUAAAGAACGUGUUUUUAUGUUUAAAUCAUGUAUAUGAAGUGUUUCUAACGUUCAUAUACAUAAUUCAAACAUUUAGGCAUCAAGAGGCACACCACAUGUCUGAAGAGGUGCUUCAAAAUCGCACCCACACACGAACCAGCCGGUCAUUUUUAUACAGCAAGCACCGGUCGUUUUUUCCCUCAAGCGACCGGUUGCUUCUAACCAGCUUGCUAUAUUCCUGAAAAUUUCUUCAACAGGCUUAACGGUCUUUCUUCUGCUUGUGUUGGUGACAUGGUGUGAUGGCAACUGUCGAGAAAGGCAAGCCUGAUCUCCGUAAGAAUACAUGAUCAUAUACUAUUUAAAUAAGGCGUGCUUAAUUUUUAUAUGAAUAUACCAGUGAAGAAGCUGACCAUUUUGUUUUGGACUAUGCAGACAUUUUAAAAUGAAGAUGGUAGACAUGAAUCAUGAUGCAUUGAAGUAUUAAGUCUAUUACAGCCAUAAUAAUCCAAACUGAUUUUUAUGCCAUAAAGAAUACAUGUGCAAAAUUUGUUUUUUCCUUCCUCUGUUUUUUUUUUGUUGCUAAAAAGGGCCCCAUUUUAAGUUAUUGCCCUGGCCACCAAAAAGUGAGGCCCGGCCUGCUUGAUCUGGAAGGGGUCUGAAUGACUGAAGGAUAUAAUAAUGUGAAAUGAUUGAAUACAUACAGAUGUAAAAGAACUGAACAAAGUUUUGUUUUUUAUUCAACAGGAGCUGUUGUUGUGUGGUGAAUGCGUGCGCCUUUAUAUGGGGGUGAUUUUUGCUUUGAAACUUUUAAGGGUGGAGAAAGAUUAUGGCUUCAGAGCUAGAGGUUGAAGUAACUCACAAGGAAACAAUUAAACCAUCCUCUGCAACUCCUCACCAUCUUAAAAUUGUCAACCUCUCUGUUUUUGAUCAGCUUAUUCCUCAAAUUUAUAUCCCACUACUUCUCUUCUAUCCCAGCACUAGCAGUGAUGAGGUCAACGAUAUUGAUCAUCACCGUUCUUUGGUUGUUGAAAGAUCCAAGCUUCUAAAGAAAUCCUUAAGCGAAGCCCUCACUCACUUCUAUCCUUUUGCAGGGGAAUUCCAGCAUAAUAUUUCAAUCAGUUGCAAUGACCAUGGGGCUGCAUUUCUUGAGGCCCAAGUCAACUGCCCCAUCUCAAUGAUUUUGGACAGACCAGAUCUUGGGAUGCUAUGGAAACUGCUUCCAUCUGGUCAUACAAGCUAUCUUCUACAAGUCCAGGCCAACUUCUUUGAGUGUGGUGGAUUAGCAAUCGGAGUCAACAUUUCACAUAAGGUCGCGGAUGCUUCUACUCUAAGCAAAUUCAUUAACAGCUGGGCUGCAAUAGCACUUGGCUCAGCCAGUACUACUGACCGUGUGGUGCCUCCUGCAGAAUUUGGUGUUGCAGCUUCUCUUUUCCCACCACUAGAUUUCCUAAACGCACCGCAAACGCCUAGUAGUGACAGCACAAACUCCGGUAUCAAAGAAAAGUGCAUAACAAGGAGAUUUGUGUUUGAUGCCUCAAAGAUUGCUGCUCUCAAGUCCAAAGCUGCCACUACCACUGUGCCAAAUCCUACGCGUGUUGAAGUCGUCUCUGCACUCAUUUGGAAGUGUGCAGCUGAAGCAUCAAGAUCAAACUUGGAGUCGGCAAUGCCCUCCGCAUGGUGUCAAACGGUGAACAUGAGGAAAGUACUUGUUAGCGUCUUGGCAGGUAAAGACUUACUGGGGAAUGUUUUCGGGUUGGUUGCAGGACAGAGGGAAGAAAUUGUUGAAGUAGAUGAUCAUGAUCUUCAAAGCUUGGUUACUAUAUUGAGGAAGGGAAUUGAGGAAUUUAAAGAAAACUAUAGAAACGGAGUUAGUGGGGAGGGUUUAUGUCAACUUUUCAAGGAGGUUGUGAACCUCAUCAUAAGGGAUGAUAUAGACAGCUACAGUUGCUCCAGUUGGUGCAGGUUUCCCUUCUACACAUCCAAUUUCGGAUGGGGAAAGCCAUCAUGGGUUGUCACCCCUAAUGUGGAUUCCAAGAAUUUAAUUGUAUUGAUGGAUACAAAAGAUGGUGAUGGCUUAGAAGCGUCCUUAACUUUGAAGGAAGAAGACAUGACCAAAUUUGAAAACAACAAGGAGGUGCUUGAAUAUGCAUCUUUGAAUCCAAGUGUUAUUUAGUACCCCAAAAAAAAAAAAUUAGAAACCUCCUCUCGUGUUUACUUAACUUUGGAUGAUCUCUCAUUGUUUUGAUGCUUGUACACUGAAGUUUGAACCAAAUAUAAAAUGCAAAACUUGUGCUUUCAAUUAUUACA